CUGGCCUAGUCGUGUCUGCCGCUGUAGCCUGCGUCCCGGUGUCCCGAGCCCGGCGUGCUGGAGCUCCCGUGCAGCUGCUCGUUGGUCUCCUUCCCUGCCUGCUGCGACAGUGAGCUGGCCGCUCCUGGCUCUUCCUCUCCAGAUCUAAGGUCCUCCAGAAGCCGAAGGCAGCUCCACUGUGCUCUGUGAAGUCUUUCCAGCCAUGAGAUACAUGGUCAACCUCUACCUGCUAGGAGUGGUGCUGACCCUGCUUUCCAUCUUUGUGAGGCUGAUGGAGUCACUGGAGAACUUACUGACAAGCCCACUCCCUGAGAACUCCUGGACCACCAGAGGUCAGCUUGCCAACACAGAGCCCCCCAAGGGCCUUCCAGACCAUCCAGCUAGAGGAGUGCAGUAAAACCUCCCUCUGCACCGGCCAGACCAUGGGCCACAGACCUCAACAUGGCCAGCCAGGUGUUCCAUUUCCUAACAAGCUCAUGGCACCAGUAUUUUCCAAGAACAAACUGGUACUAGGCCUGGAAGGGCCUGCUUGGAUGCUCCUUGCCCUGGAAAGAGCCUGUUGGAUGCACAGAUGAGAUGAGAGUGGGUUGCCAAUGCUGUGCUUUGCUGACCUUGCCAGUGUGGCUCUGUCACCUCUGAGGUGGGGACUUGGACUUGUGGUGCCUCAGCUUUAGCCAGUGGGAAAUAUUUUCAACCACACAUCCUAAACAUUGGCCAAGGGUUCCUUUGGUUCUAGUUGUCUUCUGGUCUGUUUAUUUGGUGUUUAGUUUCUUCUGUGAGAGCUUUUCUGUGUUUGGAAAAUAGUACCAGGUGUGAGUUGAGGGGGGAUGGGGGUGGAAUAUCCAGUAUGUAGUUCACAUUGUUUUACAUUUUUAAGUUCUUUCUCCAACACAGAAUUUGUAUGUUUGCAUAUAAUGGCCCAGAGGGGACAGUGGAAUGACUGAGUCUGCCCAGGACAUGGGCAUUAUGGCCACCAUGUGGUUUAAGUGAGUUUUUCUAA